AUGAGCGGCUCGCUGGACCCGCUGCCGUCGCCAUGGACGCCGUCGGCCGGCACGAUGAGCUCGUCGCCGCGGCAGACCUCGCCCAUCGCGCUCGCCCCGGCCUCCUCGCUCCCGCCCCACCAGCCGCCGCCGCCGCAGCUCUCGCGCCCGCCCGCGCGCGCCUCGACGACGGGCAGCCAGGACGAGCAGCCGCGGCCGCGCGUGCAGGUGCCGACGUCGGCGCGGUCGGAGGAUCUGCACAGCCACAGCCAUAGCUACAAUCACACCUACGAGGGGAACGGGAAUAUCGGGGGCAUCGGGCAGGGACUGGGGGGCGCGCAGAGGGAGGGGAGCAGGCAGCGGCUGCUCAGCGCUUCUCGGCCGAGCACGCCGACGAGCGGGAGCGAGCACCGGCACGCGGGGAGCAGCCAGGGCGAGCACGACGGGCCGGGGAGCGCCAACAGCGACCGCGACAGGGCGCCCGUCCCGGCACCCGCAUCCGUCGCCUCGUCCAGCUCGACGGUAUGUUCUGCGUGCGGGCAGGUGAUGACGGGCGCGUUUGUGCGUGCGCUGGGCACGGUGUUCCACCUGCACUGCUUCAAGUGCAUGGACUGCGGCGACGUCGUCGCACAGAAGUUCUUCCCCAUCGACACGCCCGCCGGCCAGCAGCCCCUCUGCGAGCGCGACUACUUUCGCCGCCUCAACCUCAUCUGCGCGUCCUGCGGCUCCGCCCUCCGCGGGUCCUACAUCACCGCCUGCAACAAGAAGUACCACGUCGAGCACUUUACCUGCAGCAUCUGCCCCACUUUGUUUGGGCCGCAGGACAGCUACUACGAGCACGAGGGCGACGUGUUCUGCCACUAUCACUACAGCACCCGAUGGGCGACCAAGUGCGCCGGGUGCGACACGGCCAUCCUCAAGCAGUUCGUCGAGAUCCAGCGGAACCAGCGCGACGAGUGCUGGCACCCCGAGUGCUACAUGAUCAACAAGUUUUGGAACGUGAAGAUCGUGAGCCGACGGCCGCAGAGCCUCGAUCCGCCGCCGGCAGAAGGCGGCCAGCAGCAGCCCUGGGCCGACGAGGAGGCGCGCGAGACCGCCGCCAGUCUCAAGGAGAAGCAGGUCCGCAUGGAGCAGCAGGUGUACCGCAUCUGGACCGUGCUCUCGGCGUUCGAGGAGUCGUCCGCGGCGUGCAUCAGCGACAUGCUCCGCCAGGUCUCGAACGGGCAGUACCUCGAGGCGAUCCGCAUGGCCGAGAAGUUCAUCCUCCACGUCGAAGUCCUCUUCGCCACCCUCGACGACCUCGAGUUCGCGUUCGCGCGCCUCGGCCUCAAAUCGCCCUCGCACGUCCGCGAGGCCCGCCUGCUCUGCCGCAAGACCGUCGACCUCUUCACGCUCCUCAGCCACACCCAAGAGACCGGCGCGCGGCGGAUGGGCAUGACGCAAGAACUGCUCGCGCUCGUCACCGGGCUGGCACACUACCUCAAGAUCCUCAUCCGCAUCGCGCUCACCGGCGCCCUCAAGCUCGAGCGCGAGCACGCCCAGCGCGACGCCAUGUCCUCCUUCCUCGACAAGCUGCACCUCCUCGCCGUGCAAGGCGGCAACCCGGGCGCACGGCGCAUCAUGGGCCGCGGCCAGCGCGGCGCGCCCGACCAGCUCGCGCUCGAGCCCGUACAACAACAAUCGGGCGUGAACGCCGGCACCGCGGGCGUGACGUACGGCUUCCGGAGCCUCGCGCCGGAGAGCGCGGGCGAGAGCCCGUUCGGCGGCGCGCCGCGCGAUCCGGCGCUCGCGAAUGUGCCCGUCGUGAACCCGCCGAGCGACCUCUGCGCGCGGUGCGGGCUGACGGUCGAGGAGGACUGUGUGCGGCUGGGCACGUACCAGCGCUGGCACAGCGCCUGCAUCGCGUGCAAGAUGUGCGGCAAGGCCGCCGCCGCCGCGCCCGCGGCCCAGCCGCCUGCAUCGGCGAACCCCGCGAACCCGGACGAGCCGCCGAAGAUGUCGAGCUCGCGGCGGCCGCCCGCGAACGCGCACUUGUUCGUGUACGACCCGGAGAGCCAGCCGAUCAGCAUCUUCUGCACGGAGCACGGCGACGCGCGGUGUAGGGGCGGAUUCGUGCCCGUGAGCCGGCUGGAGCAGUACGCGUUCCUGUUGAAUGUGGCGCUCAGGCGGCUGUAUUUGCUGUUGAAGAAGCGGAGGGUCAUCACUGGGACACCUUCACCAGCGCCCGCGCCACCUUCGGCUGUGCCGGACGAUCCCUACCGCAACAGCGGCGAGACGAUGCGCAUGAAGACGGCACACUUGGACCGGAAACUCAGCGCAACGGCCCGUCUACCCAAACGAUCGACCGUCGUCGAAAGCCCAAGCGGACGCAUGGCACAACCGACGGACGUAGCGAUCUCAACGCGCGGCGCAAGUUCGCACGCACAGGCUACAGCACAGACGGCCCAGCAAUCCCAAGUAGCGCUGCAGCAGCACGCGCCCACGCCAAACCAUCCCGGCGCGGGACAGAGCGCGGAGAUGCACGCAAGGUCUCAAGCCCAGACGCACAUGCACGCGCCGCUAUCGCACCACCCGACGCUCAUCCAGACACAACAACAACAACCCCAGUCCCAGCAGCAACAACAACAACAGCAGAAAUCAUCAGCGCGCACGCCGCCCGGCGACCGCCCGCCCCUGAGCAGGAAAAACACGGACGUGAUGAUCGUCGACGAUCCCCUGCCCGCGCCGUCCUCCCCCGCCGAGCUCGCGCCCGCAAACGGCGGGCUCCCGCUCGCGCCCGUCGUUGCCAGAGAAGGAAUCACGUUGGCCGACAUUCCGCAGCUCGCCGAGGCUGCUCAAGCGCUCGAGCAGCACCGCGCGCUCCCGCGCCAGCGCGCGACGCCCUUCAUCGCCGAGCUCGCGCCGCUCGAGCUGGCCAUCGUCAAGCACGCCGCGGUGGUCAUCCUCUACCGGUCCGCGCUGCGCGACUCGUUCGAGCUCGACGAGCUGCUCGAGAUGGUCGAGGUGCGCAAGGGCGGGUUCUGGGGCAAGCUGUUCAAGGGAUCGAAGGGCAAGGCGAAGAAGACGGGCGUGUUCGGCGUGCCGCUCGAGCUGCUCGUGGAGAAGGAGGGCGCGGAGAGCUUGCAUGGGGCGACGCGGGAGACGCUGAGGGUGCCGAGCUUUAUUGAUGAUGUCGUUAGUGCGAUGCGGCAGAUGGAUAUGUCUGUUGAGGGCAUAUUCAGGAAGAACGGGAACAUCAAGCGCCUGAACGAUAUCGUCGAGGUGUACGAUCGCGACCCGGCGAGCGUGGACCUCACGUCGGAUAACCCCGUGCAGCUCGCGGCGCUGCUCAAGCGGUUCCUGCGAGAGCUCCCGGACCCGCUGCUCACGUUCAGGUUGCACAAGCUGCUCAUUCUCAGCCAGAACGCGCAGACGAUACCGAACGAGGCGGAGCGCAAGCGCCUGAUGCACAUGCUCAUGCUCGUCCUCCCCAAAGCGCACCGCGACACGCUCGAAGUCCUCUUCGUCUUCCUCAAAUGGGUCGCCUCCUUCGCGCACCUCGACGAGCGCACGGGCUCCAAGAUGGACCUCCCGAACCUCGCGACCGUCAUCUGCCCCUCGAUCCUCUACUCCCAGGGCCGCGACGCCGUGCGCGACGACUCGUUCGGCGCCAUCCGCGUCGUGCAGGCCCUGUUGGAAAACCAGGACGAGUUUUACACCGUGCCGGAGGAGUUUGCCGCGCUGCUGGGCGACCAGGCGUACUUUGCGGGCUGCAUGGAGAUGCCGGGGAAGGAGUUUAUGAAGAAGGUGGAGACGUAUAUGCGGCUGAAGGCGAGCGGGCGGCAGUUGGGGACUAUGAGCCCGAUUGUGGGGGGCCCGCCGUAUGCGGGGGGGCAUGCGGGGAGGCAGGGCGAGCCUGUCGAUGCGAACAGGUUAGGCGCUGCGUUGUCGCGCAGCCCCGAACGGCCAGGUCUCGUCGGCGCCGCGUCCGACUCGUACAUGCGCACCGGCGCACCGGCGCAGAACGGAUCGAGCUCGCAGUACCCCUCGCCCACAGCCCGCACACCCGCGCUCCCGCACCAGCCCAUGUCCUUCCCCCCGCCCGGCCAGACAUCGCUCGGCCAGGGCGGCGCCAUGCUGAACCAGGCCGCGCUCCCGAACCCGCACCCGCACCCGCACCAGAUGCAAGCGCCCCAACCGCGGCCCGCGAACGGGUACCCCGCGGAAGAGUGGCACGGGCCGCGCGCGCCGGCGUUGCAGCCGCCGAGCAGACCGAGCAGCCGGGAGAGGCCGAGCCGGUCGAGCGGGGAGAUGUCGCGGAGUCCGGCGCCUGGCACGCCGCUGGGGUAUGGGAAUGGGCAUGGGAACGGGUAUGCGGCGCAGCAGCCGAGUUCGGAGAGGUGGUAG